AUGGCCGAAUGGGAUGCAGAGGUGACCAAGGAGAUGGAUCUCCUCAACCAGGUUACAUCGCCUGGGCCGAAGGAGAGAAGGGGUAGACGUUCCAAGCGCCGCUCAGAUGAGUCUUCGGACAGAUCUCCACGUGCUGACUCCGCGGGUGCUACCAAAGCGACCCCCGGCUCCUUGAGGAGCCAGGCAGAGAAAGAUCAGAGCCGAUCCAGAGAUGCUUCUCUGGGUGCUGAGAGCAAGUCGGGAGUGCAGGCCGUGGGCAGUGCGGGUGAGGAUGAAAGCUUGCCGGAAGACUUCGGCGACGACUCCGAUCUUUGGGGCGAUCGUUUCAAGCCCAGGCAGGAGCAAGGGAAGUCAAAGCCUCCUCCAUCGGCUGCUUCCCUUCCUUCCCAGACCCCGAAGCUUUCACCGGGCUUCUCUGAACCGUCGCCUGUUGCACGGACAACGGCACCGACGGAUCGUCGUCCGCCUUGGCUGUGCCACUUGGAGGGAGAGCUGAGUCUCUUCUUCAAGCGAGACUCAGACAAGCAACUUUUCGGAGAGAUCAUCUGCGCGGAUGGCUUGAGUUCCUCCUUGGAAGACUUCAUGGAGGAUGCUUUUGGAGACGGCGAGCAGUACAGUCUCGCGGUUUUGGGUCGGGAGGCGAAAGCGCUUGCGGGCGACCUCUCAUUCGCCGGCAAGAAAUCCUUCGAUAAGUGUUGUGCCUGGCUGUAUCAACACAAGGAGGAUAUCCUGCGAAAAAAUCGUGCUGCUGUGGCUCGCACACUUGAAGGAGCUUUCGAUGAGGCGGCUGGCUCGAAGAACUUGCCAGGGGCUCCUGGCCCUGACGUGGUGAAGCAGGAGGCAGAGCAGAAGCAAGGUUCCUUUCCCCUGGAGGAUGUUAAGCCGGAGCUGGAGCAGGACCAAGGGCCCUUGGGGACUCUGGUGAAAUCCGAGAUGGAAGGGGAGUCGCUUGGCGAAGGCUCCGCCGUCCCUGUGGCGGCCAAGGCCGAAGCUUUCGAGGCUGCCUACGAUGAUGGUUCCGAUGAUUAG